AUGUCUGCGGCAGAGGAGCCCGCCGCCCUCAGAGAUACCCAGCAUGAACAGGCAGCAGAGCCACCCUCAGGCAGAGCGGCUCCCAAACAAGCUGUGCCAGAGGCAGACGUGGUGCAGGGCAGUGCAAAGCGAACAGCUACAGGCUUGGUCGAGCAAGGGACGGAGGCAGACUCUCCUACAUGCCACCGCUUGGAAGCCAAUGAUCUGGCAAGAGAUGCUCUUGGACGCGCGCCAUUAGGACAGGCCGCUCCUGCCGAUCUCACCUCCGCACCCAAAGCACCUGGUGGGGCUGGUGAAGGGCCAAGUGCGCCCAACACUGGCCAGCAGCCUGUCCUCGGCCUGAGGCAUGGGCCCACAUCACCGCUCAGGCAACCCUCCAGACCUCCCAGCACUCCCAAACAAAGGGCAGCAACGGUGGCAGCACUAAGAGCGGCCAGCUCAUCAGGGGUACCUGCAGCAAAAGCGGCCAGCUCAGAAGCUGCCCCAGCCGCAGCCGCAGCUAGGUCUUUAAGUGUGCCGGUGGAAAUGCAGCAAGCGCAGCCGAGGCUGGACCGCCGGCGACGGCAGCAACGCCAGAAGCAGGGAGCCAGGGUAGAGCAGCGGCAGCUGCUGCUGAUGAUUUCAGAUGAGCUUUUGAAGAGAGAAAGGAUGCGCUGGAUGCGCGUGCGCGUGCGUGCUGCAAGGCGCGCAUUCAGACCAUCAGCUGCAGCAAGAGAUGCCCAGAAGCUUGUCGCUGCAGCAGCAAGGCCCCUGCAGGAUGGAGCUGGGACUCGUGGGGCGCAAUCAGAAGCCACAGACAUGGACGAGUCUGCAUCUGAGCCGCAGGACGGGGAAAUACAAGAGUCCAUCAUGAUGAGCGAGCAGGCGAGCAUUAAACGGGCAGACCCUGAGCCUUGCAGCCCAGCAUCCGCAGCAGUCACAGCAGCUGACAGCAUCUGCCAGAAGACCCCUGACUGCUGCCGAGCCGCAUACGGAUGCGUCAGUGCAGAGUUUGUUGACGAGGACGGUCUGCAUGUGAAGAUAGCGGUGUGGCGCGGCCGCGAUGUGGCGGCUGCAGGCAUGCCAUCAGACAAGGAGGGCCAGGCUGCGUGUGCUGGCCAGGAGGGGAGCCAGAAAGCCAAGGCGGCUGACGGCGGUGUGGAGGCCCACAGCGGUGGUGAGAGGCCAGCUCAGGCUCCACCCGCUGCAGGUGGUGGAGCAUGCCCAGCAGCCACAGCUGUGGAUGGGGGCGGCUGUCCAGGGGACAGCUGUCCCCUGCAGAUGCUGCUGCACGCACUGCACCUGCUCGAGCAGCACAGCCCUUGGCAGCUGGCAAGGCAGAUGGGGAGGAUGCAGGGCAAAGGGGGCACUCUGGCAGCGCUCCUGAGGCUUCAGCGGAGUUGGGCCAACGGUUUCCAGAAAGGGGAGUUGCAGCAAACGCCGCCGGCAAACCCAGCACAGGCGCAGGGGCACCGCAAAAUGCCAGACCAGAACCCAGCGGGGAACCAACAGGAACACCUGGAUCCAACAACCAAGAACACCGGGGCAAGUCUGUGGGGCAACCGCAAGUCGCUGAAGAUGGAGGUCUUCUGCCAUCCGCGGCAGCUCCAACAGGACAGCGACGCCCUCCUGCUGCCCCCAGAGCUGCACCGCCAAAGACACGAGCAAUGA